GCGGUGGCAGCGCGCACUCGCGUAGACCGUCUCUGACCAUGGUGGUGGUGGCAGGCGUACCGAGCCCGGCCACCGGGGCCCCUAAGAUGCUGCUUCUUUCCAGCAAGCCCUCCCCCGCCGCCGCCGUUGGAGCCCCAGCCGACCGGGCCCUGUCGCUCAUGGUUCCGGGCCAGCGAGGGGCCAGCCCGGAGGUGGCGGAUGGGGGGCCGCCCCAGGCGCGCAAGCGACAGCGCCUCACGCACCUGAGCCCCGAGGAGAAGGCGCUGCGUAGGAAACUGAAAAACAGAGUAGCAGCUCAGACUGCCAGAGACCGAAAGAAAGCGCGAAUGAGUGAGCUGGAACAACAAGUGGUAGAUUUGGAAGAAGAGAACCAAAAACUUUUGUUAGAAAAUCAGCUUUUGAGAGAGAAAACUCAUGGCCUUAUAGUUGAGAACCAGGAGUUAAGACAGCGCUUGGGGAUGGAUGCCUUGGUUACUGGAGAGGAGGUGGAGACCAAGGGGAAUGGAGCGAGGCCGGUGGCCGGGUCUGCUGAGCGCAGCACUCAGACUACGUGCACCUCUGCAGCAGGUGCAGGCCCAGAUGUCACCCCUCCAGAACAUCUCCCCAUGGAUUCUGACAGUGUUGACUCUUCAGACACUGAGUCUGAUAUCCUUUUGGGCCUUCUGGAUAACAUGGACCCAGUCAUGUUCUUCAGCUGUCUUUCCCCAGAGUCUACCAGCCUGGAGGAGCUCCCAGAAGGCCACCCAGAAGGACCCAGUUCCUUACCAGCCUCCCCUUCUCCAUCACUGGGGACGUCACCAGCCAAGCUGGAAGCCAUUAAUGAACUAAUUCGUUUUGACCACGUAUAUACCAAGCCCCUAGUCUUAGAGAUACCCUCUGAGACAGAGAGCCAAGCUAAUGUGGUAGUGAAAAUCGAGGAAGCACCUCUCAGCCCCUCAGAGAAGGAUCACCCUGAAUUUACCAUCUCAGUGAAAGAAGAACUUGUAGAAGAUGACUUCAUUCCAGAGCUGGGUAUCUCAAAUCUGUUUUCGUCCAGCCACUGCCUGAAGCCAUCUUCUUGCCUGGUGGAUGCUUAUAGUGACUGUGGAUAUGAGGGCUCCCCUUCCCCCUUCAGUGACAUGUCCUCUCCACUUGGUGUAGACCAUUCUUGGGAGGACACUUUUGCCAGUGAACUCUUUCCCCAGCUAAUUAGUGUCUAAAUAAUGAUCCAAUACUGUUGCCCUUUCCCUUGCGUUUUAACAUCACUGCCUGGAGGAUAACAGAGAAGCCCGUCUGUACUCAAAAAGCUAAAGGAGAGGGGGUACAGUCCUAGAGAAUUCCUCUAAAGUAUCUGUCUAUUCAAACCUCAUAGAUCACCCCGAGUAUUGAUUUUUGACAUCCAGCAGUCCAAGGUACUCAAAUAUAAUAAUUCAGAACUAGAGUUUUUGAGCUUGCACCUUCAUCUUAAGGGCAGUAGUUUGCCCCAAAACACUUAACAAGAUGAACCAUGCAGACAUUAAGGAGACAGUAAGGGUCACCGGACAAGUGUCUUAAAGUAGACAUGGAAUUUAUGAACGGCCCUUCAUCAUUUCUCUUUCCCCUCCUCAGCAUACCAGGCUUGCCUCCAGUUUUAGUUCCUUUUAGUUUGCUUCUGGAGAGAACACCUACCUGAGGGGGUGACUUUUCCCUCAGGUACAGUCCAAGUAAAGAUCAAGAAUCUUCUGUGAAAUUCUAGAAAUUUACUAUGUGAAUGCUUGAUGGAAUCUUUCCCUGCUACUGUAGAUUUUGGAAGGUGCUUUCUCCAUUUAUUUCAAACUACCUGUGCAAUUAAAAAGUGCAAUGCAGUGUCUUUGUUCUUUUCUUUCUUGGGCCAUACAUAAGUCUGUGUUCUCUCUAGAAGUUUCACUUCUUUGCUAUGGUAAUAAUUUGUUCCAUUUUAGUGAGCAUGCCACUAUUAAAAGUGAAUGAAGGCUGUUCCCCCUACAUUACUGCCUGCUUCAAUUCCUGGCUGUGAUAAGUGGUAACAGUCUACUCUUUAAGCAGCUACUGUAUUUCUGUGACAGUCUCUUCACCCGAAAAACACAGAAUGACCAAUAAAUCACAGCAAGUGACAAAGCUAAGAUGCAAACCUGAGUCUGCCUGAUCUAGAGGUGGAACCCUUAACCACUGCUGAUUUGCUAUACCAUAAAUGUUAGAGAAUGAUAUGCCAUUGAAUACCAAGAUUAUGUAGGUAUUAAAAGCAUUUUCUAGAUUCAGACCCUCUGGGUUCAACUCUACCACUGGCUAGCCAGGUAACCCUGAGCACAUAACAUCACUUAUUUCCUCAUCUGUAAAGGAGACUGAUAGUCAAUAUCUCUGAAGGUUGCUGAGGCAUUAUCCCAAGUACUCAAAAGUUAGCUGUUAACUACCUAAUCUACUUUGGAAGGGAUUUAAUCUCUUAGUCACUAAAACAGACUUUAACCUCCUCAUCCUUUAUGGUGAUCUUUUCAUUGGGAAUCCUUUUACAAGAGAGUACUUUCCUCAUUUAUAGAAUUUCACCUGUACCAGCAGAUGAAAUCAUUCUGUCAAUUUAGCAUUGAAAUGGCAUUUUUUUCCAUUUAUUAAGACUACCUCAGGGGAAGUCAAUGUGAAUUAAUACAUGAAAAGCAGCAGGAUGCAAAGAACCCCAAGCAGCAAGGCAAACCAGUCGAUAGCUUCAGGCAAGUACAAGGGAAUGUGUGUGGUAUGGUGACGAGGAGCCAGUGUCCACAAGCAGGCCUGAAGGCAGGAAAGACUCUUAAGUCCCAGUUGCUGAAGCCAGAGCCCACUCCUAGUGCUCGUGUAGGUGCUGAGUUUCUGUAUUGUAAAUGUAAGGACUGCCUUCAGCUGUCCCCAUGACUGAGAACCUUUUCUCACCUGAUUUUCUGUAACUGAAAAUUUAAGAGCUCAGAAUCUAUUUGGGGUUUGUUAAAAAAAAAAAAACCAGACCCA